AUGGCCUCCAAUAGAAAGAAGAAGGAAAAGAAGAAGGAUUUUGUCAAACCAAAAUUAAAAGUUGGAAAAGCAGCCCAUAACCCUGCCAAUCACACUUCAACCGAGUUUAAGGCAAAACGUAUAAACAUUACAUCUUCCACCAAACAUCUUAUAAACCACGGCGACCCAACCACCGAAUAUUUGAAGAAGCUUUCAAUAUUGCGUAAGGUAACGGCAAAUCUCAAUUCACGGAAGGAAAUACUUGCAGAAUUCUUGGAUAUUCUAAAGAGAGAUCCGUUUCAGGAAACUAAUAAAUUACCAUUGGACGAUUUGAUCAAAGUCAUAAAAGCCCUGCUGUUUGAUCAGUCUAAGAAGAUCAGACAUGACGCUAGAGCCAUUCUAGAGGAGUUGAUUAGAAACCACAACAACUUAAUAAUCUUGAAUCACGAUUCCAUAAUGCUCUAUGUAUUUAGUGCUAUGACACACUUGAAACCAACAAUUAGACAGGAUUCCAUUUUGGCAAUUAACUUGAUAAUUAAUGGGGGUGAAAAGCUCAAGAAUCUAACUAUUUCAAAUCAUUGGAUCAGAAUUUGGAAAAAUAUUUUGGUUCUAAUGAAUUGGAAAAAGGAAAACAAAUCGUAUACCGAUUCGAACGAUUUCAAAGAUUUCAAUGGUAUGAGAUUCGACCAACUGUCAUUCAUAUCUAGUUUACUAAAAGAUGGUUGUUUCCCUCGAGAAGAAUAUGAUGGGGAAGGAAACAGCAAGAAAAAUCGAGAAGAUACUAUUCAGAUCCAUGAUUUGCUAAACACUUAUAUGAUAAAACCAAACAUGAGUAUGCUAUACCGCAAUCUAAAGCUAUUUGGUAAUAUAUCAGUGUCUUCGAAAAAUCCCAAAGCUGAUGAAUUGGCUGAUACCACAUUAUGUGAGGAUGUCGAUGAUAGAGUCAAAUCUUUCUACGAGGGAUUCUACAACUCUGUCUCCAAGGGAAUUUCCGAUUUCACUAAGGUCGAUGACAACAAACUAGUGGUUAUAUCCAAUAAAAUCUUGAAUCAAUUGCUAGAAAUUGAAAAACUCUAUAAAGCUAUCUCGGACUGA